UUUUUGUAUCAUAACCUCUUUUGUUAUAUAACAAUGUACAUAUGUACAUAAUUCCAUGUAUCAUGUAUCCAUACAUCCAUGUAUCAUUUACAAUGAUACAAAGACACUACUUAAUGUCCUCCAGUAAAUUUUGUGUAUUUUAAUUUGUUGAUGCGAAAUAAAUAUUUAAAAAUGGAAGCAAAAGCUAGGUUUAGUAAAUGUUGCAAUCCUUUAAAAUUAGUAAAUCAUCCUGCGAGUAAAGGAUUAAGAUUAGCUUCGGCAAAGCUUCAAGAAUCAUGGAAUUUGUCGCGUUUCGAUUACUUGUGCUCAACUUGUAGGAAGACAUUAGGAUCUCUUAAAUCGGUUGCAUUUGGAUCAAGUCAUAAAAUUAAUGAGUGUGAUGAAAGUGACAAUGGAUGCAAUACUGGAGAUGAAGAUUCUGAUAUCGAUGGCAUUAUUGUUGACGAUAAUGUUUCAGAUGAUAUUAGCAAUACUGAAUACUGUCAGAUAACUGAUCCGAUAUCUACUGGUGAUUCGUUUUCCUCAGGAUUGAAGUCAUUGUCAGGAGAAGAAGUUACCCGUACGAUGCCGGUUUUGAGUUUCAACUCAACUACCUGUUAUCAACCAAGCAUUGCUUUUAUUAAAUAUUCCUCAGAUAGAUAAAUAUACAAUUAAUAAUCCAAUUUAGUUGAGUGAGAAGUACAAUGAAAUUUGCUCUACAUUUGCAACAUUAUUGGGAUUAGAUAAUGUCUCCAAUCAUUAUGAGAAUUCAAUCAAUUAGAAUAUUUUAAUAAAUCCCAAAUCUAAGUUUGAUAGUGAAGAAACGACUCGAGCUCAAAAAUUACAAAUUUUAACUAUAUUGCCUAGUGAUUGGAGCAUUCAAAAAGUUUGUGACAUUAUGGGUGCUACGAAACACAUGACAAUAAUGUCGAAAUCAUUAAAAUGAAAUAAAGGUGUACUUUCAGUGCCAGAACAAAAAAAAGGACGUCCCUUAUCAGACGAUAUUAAAUGUAAAGUCAUCGAAUUCUAUAAAAAUGACGAUGUGAGCGUAAACUUACCUGGCAUGAAAGAUUUCAUAUCUGUACGCAACGAUAAUGGUUAAAGAGAACACGUCCAGAAAAAACUCAUACUCUACAAUUUGAAAGAACUGUACGUUACUUUCAAAGAACAAUAUCCAGAUGAUAAUAUAGGAUUCUCUAGCUUUGCAUCAUUGAGACCAGUUAACUGUGUGCUUGCAGGAUCCAGUGGUACGCAUACUGUUUGUGUAUGUGCCAUUCAUCAAAAUAUAAAACUUAUGAUGUUGGGAUUUAACUUAUCAACGCUAACUCGUAAUACGACUGUUCCUUUGGUACACUACAGUGAUUGUUUCAAGCUAAUUCUAUGUUCCGAUCCGUCACCCAAUUGUUACUUAUCAAAAUGUGAGAAAUGUCCAGGAAUCGGUGGCCUUCAGCAGCUAUUGGAAAGUGUAUUUGAUGAAAAUGCUAUAGAUGAAAUUAAUUAUAAGUAUUGGAUAUCGAGUCCCCGCUGUAGCCUUGAAACACUCACUAAGAGCUCGUCAGAAUUUGUUGAAAUAUUUUGUGAGCAUAUAAACAAUCUUUUACCGCAUGAUUUUAUUGCCAAAUCGCAAUCUGCUUUCAUGAAGCAGGCAAAAGAAUCAUUGCAAGAUGGAGAGUUUUUAGCUGUUUGUAAUUUUGCAGAGAAUUACGCGUUUAUAAUACAAGAUGCAGCGCCGGGAUUCCAUUGGAACAAUAAUCAAGCGACAAUUUUUCCUGUAGUCAUUUACUUUAAGCAGAAUGGUGAGCUUACGCAUCGAAGUUAGAUAAUUAUUUCUGACAGCAUGAACACGAUGCAAUUGCUGUCUAUGUUUAUUUGAAAAUUGUUACCGAUUUCGUCAAAGAAUUGAAUCCCAAUGCAACUAAAAUUAUUUACUAUUCCGACGGCGCUCCACACAAUUCUCACUUUAAAAAAUGCAAUUUAAAGUUUAAAAAUCGAAAAUGACGUAUUAAGACACUUUAAAUAAUUUUUUUGAAUUUUUUUUCGAAAAGUACAUUGAAAAACAAAACUUUUAUGUGGAAUGGUAAUUUCCAUGUGGAUGAGUUUUAAAAAAGUUACGGGCUAAAAACCACAGAAAGAGCUGUUUUUUUUUUAAAACUUGAUAUCUUUGGAACGAAUUAUCAAAAAAUUCCAAAAUUUAGGAGGAAGGGUUUUUCGAUAUAUAUAGUCAAAAUGGCGGUACAAACUACGGAGACAGCCGAAAUUAAACGGAAACAUCCGAAUAGAGGUUUUUGAAGUGAAAACUUCUUUAGAAUGGGUGUGAUUUGAGAAAAAAAAACGCGCUAAUGUAGUGGGGAAAGGAAACCAGCGAUGUAGUGUGGGAAGAAACUGCAUUAAUACUAAAUGAGAAGAGAAAAAGAGACAAACAUAUAGGAUUGAGCCUGCGAGAGAAUGAGACAGAAUAAAGCUGUACAAGUUUUUCUAUUCUUGGUCUUUGCUUCGUAGUCCCACUCCUGGCUACUAAGCUUUGUAUAUGUGUGUGUUGUGUGCGACUGCAUACUACGAAGCGUAGACACAUACAAUAAUUUCGAUACAAAACCUGUUUGUAGGUAGGAGUGAUAGAAAGGUAAUAGAAUAAACAGAAGAAGCAUGUAGGCGACAUAAAAAUAAGGUACAACGAAUCGACGGUCGAAAUAAAAAAAAAGGUGUAUUAGUAUAUUACAUACCUAGGGCGGUAAAGUAAGAAAUGUUUCAGAGCACAUGUAAUUGUUGUGCGAGGCGAAGCCGAGGUCAAUAAACAUGUGCUCUGAGGUUUUCUUAUUUAUUGCCCAAGGUGUUUAUACUUUUUUUCUGCUCGACGUAGGCGGAAAGCGGCAACUUCGUUUUACACAGCUGGCGGAAAGUUGACACUUUCCGCACGGAGUGGUGAAAAGUCUUUUUUUGUAAGUUGUAUAAGUGUUAAGUUGUAUAAGUGUGUAAGUCUGGGUGAGCUAGAAGGGUUCCCAAACGAUACCGAUACUUCGUUUAUUUUAAUUAUAAUAUUUGCAUAUUCAGGAAAUUUAUACUAAUUUUUCAAUAAAAAAGAAACAUUGCUAAAUAGAAGAAUUCUAUCUUAAUUAACACUAUUUGGAAAGUGAUAGUUUUUGGUAGCUAUUCACACCCUAAGAUCAUACCGAUGCCCUUUGAUAUAUAUGGUAAUAAUAUUAUAAUAAAUAAAUCCUACAAUUAUCUUA